CCCCAUCAGAGUUGAUUUUGUACCUUGUAAGAAGUUAUCCAAAGUUUUCCAGCCAUUGCGGUGACCGCUUCUUUUCUUUUUUUUCUUAUCGUACCAGAUCUACUUUUCAUCACGGGUAAUGAUUCACGACGCACGACCUCUCAAGCUUUUUCAAUUAAGCUCCCAAAUUUGCUUCAAGUUUUAUUUCAAGAUUAAUGCAAAUUAUUACUAAUACUCGUACCUACUUAGCCUGCAGCUCACUCGGACGUUGUUUGCGAUGGAUACGAUUCUAGCCUUUAAUUCUUCGUUAUUAACUGUGGUGUCUGGCCGUCCACGGCGUUUUUUCUGCAGGUUGAGAUUUCCACAACGAAAACGUUCGAACCAAAAACGCACUGACUUGUCUUUUGCGAUGUCACCGCAACACACAUCAUUAAUCCUGCGAGCUGUUUCUGCAGCACUGAGAGAAAAAAAAUAUACCAGAAAAGUAAAAGGAAUCACGGUUUUUUUGUAAAACAACUGCACAACUGCAAAUAAUAUAGCUGUAAAAAAUUGAAUUUGUAAUUCCUAACCAAAGUGGAGUUAUUAGUGGAGGUCAAAGUGGCCAUUACGACAAAACACUAAUUUCAUAUUAUGUACCUAAUAAUCAGGGGAGACCAUUAAGAGAAAAGAUUUCAGACCAGACCAAGGCUAGUCGCUUCGCAAUUUUUAUUCGGAAAUUAAGGAAAAUUAAAAGUCACUUGUUUAAGAUAGUAUUCCAGGGUAGCACUUUAAUAUGCUUGACGCUGGCAUGGGCGGCUCUGGUGUGGGGUACGUCGCUCGAUCUCUCAAUUUCCUCUUUCGGUACACGGGUCUAUCCGGAACAUAAUAUUCAUGAUGGAGCAAUGUUCGAAUACAUAGUUGUGGGCGGCGGUGCAGCGGGUGGUGUAGCGGCAGCUCGACUAGCACAAGCGGCACGCGGGGUGCUGCUUCUGGAGGCGGGAGGUACGCCCGGCCUGUUGACGCGCUUACCAGGUUUAGGCGGGGGUCUCAUCGGCUCAGCUGCGGACUAUUACUAUCCAACGCAGCCCAAUGGUCGCUCGUGCCUAUCGUCUAUCGGCCGUUUCUGCCGAUUUAGUCGUGGCCGCGUACUCGGUGGCUCUACUGCUAUCAAUCUAAUGAUGUAUACCCGUGGUCACCCCGCCGACUACGACUUCGGCCUGCCCGGCUGGACCUGGCCAGAUAUUCGUCCAUUUUUCUUGCGUUCUGAGGGGCUACAAAAUUUACAUCAGUUACCGAUGUCGUCAGCGUCUCAUCACAAUACGGACGGCGUCGUUCCUGUUGGGUUUUUUGGAGACUCGGAAAACCCAUGGCAAGUUCGCGUCUUGAAAGGUUUUAAUUAUCUAAACUUUACAUCUAACCCGGAUUUAAAUGCCGAGUCCCAAGUCGGAGUGUCUCGGGUACUCUCAUUCACGUCAGGCGGGGAGCGCGUUAACACUGCAGAAGCAUACCUGCGGCUUCCCGGUGUAGCGCCACACCUGCGCCUUGCUACACAUUCCACCUGCCUUCGUGUGCUCAUUAACGAUGUUGGAGAGGCUUUUGGGGUUGAAAUCGCACGAAACGAUCGAAUUUACCGGGUUUUUUCCCAACGGGAAGUUAUUCUCGCUGCAGGGGCUAUUGGUUCGGCUGAGAUUCUACUCAAGUCCGGCGUUGGGCCAGCGGACCAUUUGCGGCGACAUAAUAUCCCGAUGCGAGCAGACCUACCGGUCGGGGAGGGUCUCGUUGACCAUGUCGCGCCAUUAGUAUUUAUAUCGGUAAACGAAAAGGCUAAAUCAUCGAUCCAGGUGAUCCUUUCUAAACUGAAGGAAGGCAUCCGUUGGAUGGCGAUGCGAGAUGGCCCUCUCGCCACAUCCGGCAUAUCAGAUCUCACGGCUUUCCUUGAUACACAAUGUUACGACUUCAAAACAAAACAAUUGAGAAACGAUGGUAAUCACUGCGAAAGACCUACGGUUCAAUAUAUACAUUCGUACCUGGAGCGGGGCUUUAUGGGCGCGGGAAGAUCUCUAUACGAGCGGGUAACGCGUCACGAGGCGGCUUUCGUGCACCAGGUCGAAGCUGUUAACGAGCGACAUGCUCUACUGCUUGUAACGGCGGUGGUACUGCGGCCUAAGUCACGCGGCCACGUGCGCCUUGCGAGCGCGGACACAUUUCAAGCCCCACUAAUUUCGCCCAAUUAUUUGGAUGACGAGCGGGACGUUGAAGAGGCCGUACGUGCUAUUAGAAUUCUAGAAGAUUUGACGCAGACACCAGAAUAUAGGAACUAUAACGCGUCAAUACUAAGACCUAAGCUACCAGGGUGCGAAAUGCUGGAGAGCACAGAUUAUUGGCGGUGCUACGUCCGCCACAUGACGCUUGCCGUGCACCACGCGACAGGCACGGUGGCUCUGGGCCGUGUUACGGAUGAGAGAGGGCGCGUGCGCGGAGUGCGGGGGCUGCGCGUGGUAGACGCGGGGCUCUUUCCACGCCCGCCUUCUGCCAACACCGCAGCCGCCGUCAUUGCACUAGCUGAGCGCAUCACACAAUUCGUUCAACAAGACAAUACAUCCGUGUCCCAUUAUAUUGACAGAAAAUAAAAUGAUUAAACAGUUCCAUCUUUUUUUAAGAUUAUAGAUCAUAAACUAAUAAUUCGUAGUUGAAAUGGCAGUUUCCUUCCAUUAGUUGUUUAUUUGUAUUCCUACCUUUUUAUAUAUUCCUAGAUGUUCACCGUGUUCCUCGCUUUUAUUGAUAAUAAAUAUGAGUGUUAUGGGUCUUACCCGAGCACAUCAUUACUGCAGGCGUGGUGUUUGAUAUAUAUUUAACAAGCUAAACAGGAGCCCUCACACCUGAAAGACCUGCUAUUUCCGUAUUACGCUACAAGGACCGAAAUGUACGGUUCUUAGGUCAAGGUGAUGCUUAUUUUUACUCUACGGAAUACGGAAAACAGUUUGUCUAAUCGUUAAUUGCCUAUCGGUGACUUACAUAAGAUUAUUCCUUCUUUGUACACU